AUGCGCUGGACGCAGGGACAGUCCCCUUGGCUCCGCUUCCUGGCCCCAGGUGCCGCCGUCUCACUGCUGAUCGUCACAUUCCUCGUCCUGGCAUCGAGAUAUUCCAGCGACUACGCCCGAUAUGCGCUGAAGAGCUCCAUGCGGCCGGCCCCGCCGAGCAUGUUGCAUCCUUGCCCCGCAGUGAACCAGAGCACGACAGACUGGGAGUUUACGGUCGAGCGCGACGGGGAUAACCACGGGUUGUCGGAGGAGCAGUGCCGCGUGGCGUUUCCGAAGCUCUUUGUCGAGAUUGACAAGUCUGUGACUAUGAGGAGGGAGAAGCCUGUUACGUUUCGGGAGGUGGAUGGGGUUUCCGUGGAUGAUGGGAUGGUGAGGGCGGCGAUCUAUCGGGGUGAGCUGUAUGUUAUUGACUACGCGGCGAUGCCCUACACUUAUUCUCGAGCGAAAGCUACACUGAACGCACUGCACCGCGCAUUGAUGGCGUUUCCGGACCGGCAUAGCCUGCCCAACGUCGAGUUCGUGUUCACGACAGACGACUUUAGCAAUACACCUGGGCCUAUCUGGUCAUAUUCAAAGCGUGACGAGGACGACAGUAUCUGGCUCAUGCCGGACUUCGGCUACUGGUCCUGGCCGGAGGUUAAGAUCGGUGCGUACAAGGAUAUCCGACGACGCAUCGCGACCGUGGACAGCGGGACCACCACCUCCGACGGCAAAAUCAUCCCUGGGUUAGAGUUCAAGAAAAAGAAGAAGCAGCUGGUCUGGCGCGGCAGCGUCGCGACGAAUCCAGAGAUACGGGGGAAAUUGCUCAAAGCGGCGCAGGGACGCAGCUGGGCCAGCAUCCGGGUCAUCGACUGGGAUAACGAGAAUGAUAUCCGGUACAACCUUCUCCCCAUGGAAGAUCACUGCCGGUACAUGUUCCUGGCGCACACGGAGGGUCGCAGCUUCUCCGGGCGCGGCAAGUACCUGCUCAACUGCCGCUCGGUGGUCGUCUCGCACAAGCUGGUCUGGCGCGAGGCGCACCAUGCGGCGCUGGUGGCGUCGGGUCCUGAUGCAAACUAUGUCAAGGUGGAGCGCGAUUUCUCAGAUCUGGAUCGGAAGAUCAGCUUCUUGAUUGAUAACCCUGAGACGGCGGAGCAAAUUGCGGACAACGCGGUCAGGACGUUUCGUGAUCGGUACCUUACCCCUGCGGCGGAAUCAUGCUACUGGAGACAGUUGAUCCGGCAGUAUGCUGCUUCCUGUGAUUUUGAGCCUGUGCUUGAGGAGUUGACGAAGGACGGGACGAUACGGACCCGGGGGAUUCCCUUUGAGACAUGGAUACUCUCAGGGUCCGGUAUGAAAUGA